AUGCUGAGGUGCUGGCAGCUGUACGUGGCGCAGUGGGCCGCCCUCACCCUUCAGUGCGCAGGGCAGAGCAUCCCCGGAGACGACACAGAGCUACACUAUUAUGGUGACAAUGUCAUUGAUCUGCUGGAAGCCCUCAACAUCACCCGCUCCGUCGUGGGCAUCACCAAGGCCAAGGGGCCCGAUCCGGGAGUGCCAGCCUGGAAGUUCCGCCAGCGGGUGCCCCACCUGACGCUUCCCUGGGACUACUCGGUCUACCUGUUGUCCACGGUGCAGGCUGCCCUGGGAUUCCACUUUGUGGCCCGCCAGAGCGGUGGCUCAGAGGGGACCCUCAUCUCCCUGGCGUCUCCGGCUGCCACCAAGCGGGACGGGCGGCCCCUGCUGCAGCUGGUGUCCAGCACGCAGGCUGACCAGCUCCGGCUGGAGUACCGCACCGUGCACAACCUCGAGCCUGCCUCCUUGGUCUUUCCAGGCGGCACCCCCUUGGCCCACGGCCGCUGGGCACGGCUCGCCCUCAACCUGGAGCCCCAUCGCAUCUCCCUCUUCGUGGACUGCCGGGAGCCCAUCGUCUUCGAAAAGGAGGGUGGGGAGGCGGUCCUGAGCCUCAUCCUGCCCCUGGAUCUGCACAUCACCUUUGCCAGCCUGCCUGGAGACAAAGCCAGCAAAUUCUUGGGCUACUGGCAGACGGCAGAGAUCUCGCCCAGUGGAUUCCCACACCGCCCCUGGCACUGUGAGAACCUGCCAGAGCCCGAUCUGCUGCCGCUGCCCUACACCAUGGCUGAAGAGCACUACAUGGAACCGGACUCUCCGCCACCCCUCGAGCCGCUGGCCCUCACGGACAUCCGCCAUUACCAGCGGGAGCCCAGCCAGUCUGAUUUCCCGCCCCCAGGGGCAGCACAGUCCAGCCUGGCCAGCCCGGAAGAGAGGAUCCGGAGGCUGGAGGAACUGGUGGAUGGGCUUGGGAGCAUGUUGGACAUGGUGAAAGAGCAGAAUUCCAACCUUCUGGGACGUGUGAAGUCCCUGGAGGAAUGUGAGUGCCGGCGACUGACCUGCUUUUGGGAAGGACGGCGCUAUGAUGACGGCGCUUCCUGGGAUCAAGACCUGUGCACCACCUGCCUGUGUGUGCGAGGCAAGCCAGAGUGUUCGCUGAGACACGACCUGCCGCAUUGCCUGGGUUGUGCAGAUGGCCGGAAGGAGGGUGAGACCUGGAAGCUCGAGCCGUGUCAGACAUGCCGGUGUGAGGCUGGCACAGUGUCCUGCAAGAUGGAGGACUGCCCCCCAGCUCCGUGCCAACACCCCAGCACGCCAGAGGGGAAAUGCUGCCCGGAGUGUGGCAGCUGCCUGUACAAGGGCCACCUCCUGAGAGAUGGACAGAACUACCAGGAGGCGUCUUGCAUCCAGUGUGUCUGCAAGGCAGGCACUGUGCAAUGCCAAGGUGCCCAGUGCCCAGAGCUGGCGUGCCGGGAGCAUCACGUGCCGCCUGGCGAGUGCUGUCCAGUUUGCCGUCCAGGUUGUGAGUAUGAAGGGCAGCGAUACCAAGAGGGAGAGGUCUUUGUGGCUGCAUCCAACCCCUGUAUGAAUUGCUCCUGUCUGAGAAGCCUAGUCCGAUGCCACCCGAGACAGUGUCCCUCCAUCCGCUGUGCCAAGCCCAUCCCUCAGCCAGGCCAGUGCUGCCCCACCUGCCCAGCUUGUGAGCUGGAUGGACAUCCCUUGGAACCCGGGCAGAAGAGCCUCUCGGCGGAUGGAUGCCGGCGUUGUUCCUGUUCUGAGGGAAAGCUGCUCUGCAUUCCAGCUCAGCAGUGCCCCAAGACUUGCACCCACGGAGCGCCGCCUGAUGUUGGCUCUUGCUGCCCGGAUUGUACCCGCUGCCUUUUCCAAGGAAAGCUCAUUCCCAGCGGUGUGGAGUUCAUGGGCCACGACCCAUGUGAGCGCUGCGUUUGCAAGGGCGGGAAUGUUGUCUGCUCCCAGGUCACUUGCCCAAAGCUGGACUGUACCACGACAGAGGAAGUUACUGGGCAAUGUUGCCCGCGGUGCCAAGGUUGUGUGGAUGGAACCAGCCGAUAUGAACAUGGCGAAGAGUGGACGCCCACCGCAGAACCUUGCCUGAAGUGUAGGUGCCUGGAAGGCAAGGCCGCGUGCAAACGGAGGCAGUGUGCCAGUCUCUGCCGCCACCCAGCCCGCCCUCGUUGGGGAUCCUGCUGCCCCAUCUGUGAUGGUUGCCUGUGGGAAGGGCGAGAGUACCGCAGCGGAGAGCUGGUGCAGAACGGGGACUCAUGUGAGCGGUGCAGAUGCAGGGCCGGGGAGGUCACCUGCGAGCGGCUGGAUGUGGACUGCCCUCCAGCCCCCUGCAGCCACCCUGGCAAAGUGCCGGGCCAGUGCUGCCCCUCCUGUGAUGUGUGUGAAUUUGAAGCCCGCCUGUACCAGAACGGAGAGACCUUCACACCUGGAGGUAGCAGCCCCUGCCUGCAGUGCACAUGCGCAGGUGGGCAUAUCCAGUGCCAGGAGGAGGUCUGCCCCGCCGCGCCGUGCCCCCAGCCCGUCCAAGAUCCAGAGCGCUGCUGCCCACUUUGCAGAGUCUGCGUCCUUGACAGUGUGGAGUUUGAAGAGGGCACCGAGUGGGAGCCGGAAGGGGAUCCCUGCAGCACCUGCAUCUGCCUCCAGGGGGAGCCAGUGUGCAGCGCCACCCAGUGCCCACCUGCCCCCUGCCAACACCCCGCCCAGCUGCAAGGCUCCUGCUGCCCAACCUGCCAGCAGUGUUCCUACAAGCAGCAACUCUACAGCAAUGGGCAAGAGUUUGUUGACCCAGACAGCCCUUGCCAAAGCUGUCGGUGUACGGACGGCACGGUGCUGUGCUCCCCCACUGUGUGCCCUCCCGUGGUUUGCCCCCAUCCAGAGAGAAGGCCUGGACUGUGCUGCCCCAAAUGUCCCGACUGCACUCUUGACAACCGUGUAGUGCUGGAUGGAGAGGAGUUCCCACACCCACAGAAUCCCUGCCAGGCCUGUUUGUGCACCAGCGGAGACCUCUACUGCACUGAUCGACACUGCCCUGGCGCCCUCUGUGCCCACCCCUUGCCAGGAUCCUGCUGCCAGAACAACUGCAACGGCUGCAACUAUGCUGGGAAGGAGUACCCCAACGGAGCCGAAUUCCCCCACCCCACGGACAAGUGCCGGCAAUGUCACUGCAUUAACGGCAACGUGCAAUGCCACUCCGCCCGCUGUGGCCCUCUGGCCUGCCCAGAGCCCUUCCUGAGGCCCGGAGAAUGCUGCCCCCAGUGCCCAGCCCCUCCAGCCAGCUGCCUUUACCUGGGCGUCUCCUAUCAGCACACGGAACGUUUCUAUGACCCGUCGGACAAAUGCCGGGACUGCAUCUGCAGCAACGGGACUGUCACCUGCCAACGCCAGCCCUGUGCGCCGGUCCAGUGCUCCCACCCGCUGAAGCAGGACUGCUGCCGUUCCUGCGAUGGGUGCCUCUACCAUGGGAAGGAGCUCCCCAACGGAGAGCAGUUUGCUGACCCCAAGGACCCCUGUGGCAUCUGCUCCUGCUGGGAGGGGAGUGUCUCCUGUGAACCCAAGGCCUGCCCCCCACUGGAGUGCCCUUUCCCGAUCUCCGGGCCAUGCUGCAAGAACUGCGAAGGUUGUGAGUACCUCUUGGAGAGCUACCUGGAUGGCCAGGAAUUCCCAGACCCCCGGGACGCCUGCAGCCUCUGCUCCUGUCUGAGCGGAUUUGUCACCUGCACCAAAAAGCCCUGCUACCAGGCGGGCUGCAGCCACCCUGCCAACGUGCCCGGGCAGUGCUGCCCCGUGUGCCACGGAUGCUCCUAUAAGGGGAUCACCGUUAGCAAUGGACAGACCUUUGCUGACCCCGGAGACUCCCUCUGCUCGCAGUGUACAUGCAGGGCUGGUUCGGUUCAGUGCCUACGGAAGCUCUGUCCUCCCGCACCCUGUGCCCAUCCAGUGCCCGGUCCGUGUGCCUGCUCCCUGUGCCAAGGGUGUUACUUCCAAGGGCGUGAAUAUGAGGAUGGACAGAUCUUUGCUGCCCCCAACAAGGCCUGUGAGGACUGCCGGUGCCGGAAAGGAGACGUGUCCUGUGGGGCCCGCCUGUGCCCAGUGCCCCCCUGCCCCCAUCCAUCCCGCGGGCCCUGCGGCUGCCCCACGUGUGACGGCUGCAGCUUCCACGGCCGAGACUGCAGAGACAGCGAGCGCUUCCCCGAUCCCCAGGACGCCUGCCGCCAGUGCACGUGCUCGGGUGGCACCGUGACAUGCUUGCCCACCCCAUGCCCCCCAACAUCGUGCAAGAACCCGGUCGCUCUGCCUGGCCAGUGCUGCCCACAAUGCACGGGGGCCUGCCAUUACCAGGGGCGGCUCUACCAGAGCGGGGAGACCUUCGCUUCACUGCAAGAGGCAUGCCACACCUGCGUAUGCCUGGCGGAAGUGGUGAUGUGCCAGCCGAAGCUCUGUCCGCAGCAGUGCACCCACCCCGUGCCCCCCACUGCCCCUGCCUGCUGCCCGACCUGCGAUGGCUGCCUCUUUGAGGGCCAGAAGCACGCCAGCAGACAAACCUUCACCCUGCUCUCAGAGCCCUGCCAGCGCUGCAGCUGUCUGCAUGGCAACGUGGCCUGCGUCCCUCUCGUUUGUCCCCAGGUGCCGUGUGCCAGCCCCAUCCGCAGGCCAGGCCAGUGCUGUCCAGAGUGCCCUGUGUGCCAGCAUGCGGGCCAGGAGUAUCCCGAAGGCGCCCAGUGGCUCUCGCCCUUGGACCCCUGCCAGCAAUGUUCCUGCAUGAAUGGGGAGCCCUCCUGUGGGCCGGUGCCUUGCGAAGAAAUGCUCUGCUCCCACCCGGCUCUGCACCCCGGGCAGUGCUGCCCUCUCUGCCACGACUGCCUCUUUGAAGGCCAGCUCUACCCCCACGGGCAGGCCUUCAACCCCGAGUCUUGUCUCCAGUGCAACUGCCAGGAUGGGAACGUCCGCUGCGCGAUGAUCCAGUGUCCUCCGGCCAGCUGCUCCCACCCAGUGACGGAGCCUGGCGUCUGUUGCCCCCGCUGUAAAGGCUGCAUGUACGAGGGCCAGGAGCGCAUGGACGGCAGCCGCUGGCUUUCCUCCUCUGUGCCCUGCAUGGCCUGCAUGUGUGUGGACGGUGUGGCUACCUGCGCUGACAUUGUCUGCAUCAGCUCCUGCCUGCAUCAGAUCCAAGUCCCUGGAGAGUGCUGCCCCCUGUGUGCAGACUGCAGUUAUGAUGGCCACAUCUAUGGACCGGGAGAGAGUUUCCAGCCGGGACAGGACCCCUGUGAAAUCUGUACCUGUGAGCUGAUGUUGGAUGGUGAACAGCACCUGCAGUGCUACCGGAAGCAGUGUCCCAGCCUGGUGGACUGCCCCCGGGAACUGAUCCAGCCGCCUGGCCCCGGGCACUGCUGCCCCACCUGCGCUCAAGCCCUGAGCAACUGCACAUCCGGCCUGGUGGGCAACGAGGUCCACGCUACAGACGAGCCGUGCUACACUUGCCAAUGCAAGGAUCUGACCUGGGUUUGUGUGCACCAAGGAUGCCCGCUCUUGAGUUGCCCCAUUGCCGAGCAGUUCACCCCUCACGGCGCCUGCUGCCCAAUCUGUGACGAAUGUGUGAUCGAAGUUGAGGGGCGGCGUGUGUCUGACGGGGAAACCUGGAGGGACAGCGUUGAUGACUGCGUCACCUGCUCGUGCAGUUUGGGCCACAUUGAGUGCCACAUCGAGGAAUGCGUGCCGGUGGUGUGCCAGGAUGGGCUACUAAAAGUUCAGACUCCAGGACGCUGCUGUGCUGAAUGCCAAGAUCCUGGCAGCAGCUGCUCCCACCAGGGGCACACCUUCCAGUCCAAUGAGCGCUGGCAGGUGGACGAGUGCACAGCCUGCACCUGUAUCUCUGGAGAGGUGCACUGCCAUAGCAAGCGAUGCCCUCCGGCUGCCUGCGCUGCGGAUGAAACGCCAGCUUUGAUCCCUGGCAUGUGCUGCCCACACUGUGUGCCCCGCCCUGCCACUUGUGUGGCCUUCGGUGACCCACACUACCGCACGUUUGACGGUAAGAUGAUCCACUUCCAGGGCAGCUGCACCUACAUUAUGGCCCAGGACUGUGACGGAGGAGACUUCAGCAUCCACGUGACCAAUGACGACCGUGGGCGCCAGGGCGUGUCCUGGACCAAGGAAGUGACGGUGUUGGUUGGCAACACCACGGUGCAGCUGCUGCAGGACCGAGUGGUCAUGGUGGACUCCCGGACUGUAACCCUCCCCUUCCUGAGGGAACCUCUCCUGUAUGUGGAGCUCAAGGCCAACACCCUCCUGCUGAACACCAACAUUGGCUUGAAGGUGCUCUGGAACGGCCGCUCACACCUGGAGGUCAGCGUGCCUGGCACAUACAAAGGCCGUACUUGUGGUCUCUGUGGCAACUUCAACAGCUACCCCCAGGAUGACCUGCGGCUCAGGUCCGGGCACCUCACUUUGUCCGAGGCUACCUUUGGCAACAGCUGGAAGGUGGUCGGGGCCAACACCACAGAACGAGGCAGCUGUGCCGAUGUGCUGGAUGUCGACCCCUGCAAAGAGACCGGCUACCGUUCUCGCAAAGAUGCCAAUGCCCGUUGCAAGGUUCUGAAGUCGCAGCCCUUCGAGCGCUGCCAUGCGGCCGUCCCCCCGGAGCCGUUCUUCGCCUCCUGCGUGUACGACCUGUGUGCCUGUGGAACAGCCAGCAGUGACGAUUGCCUCUGCGAGGCCUUGGAAGCCUAUGCCGCUCAGUGCCGCCACGCUGGGCUGGUGCUGCAGUGGCGGUCGCCCACUUUGUGCGCUGUGGGCUGCCCCCAAGACAGGGGCUAUGUGUUCGACGAAUGCGGACCGCCCUGCCCCAAGACCUGCUUCAACCACGCCGUGCCUCUGGGGGUGAUGGAGUCCCACUGCUUCAAGCCCUGUGUGGCGGGCUGCCAGUGCCCGGCAGGGCUGGUGGAACACGAAGCCCACUGUAUCCUGCCCGAGGCCUGUCCUCGCAUCAUCUAUGGCUCCCUCUGAGCCAGGGUCGGACUGGAAUGGCCCCAGAGAGUCUUGACGUCAUCCCCGGGAGCCUGGAACUUUGGAGGCGUCUUUGGUUCUUUCCUGGAGGAACUAUAUAUUGCCAAACACACACACUCUUCCUUUCUAUUGAGGGAAGGCCAGCAGUUGUGCGCUGGCAUGGAAUUUGCCAUCCCGGAGAAUCUCGGCUUUCUUUUUAAAAUGUGGUUCUAGUCCUCUUGAAUGGGGAGAAAAUAUGGAAACCACUUCUUUUGGUGCCAAAGGAAGUCCAAGACGAGCCAAAAGCUCGAACCAUGAA